CGUUUCACAACAAUAUACAAAUGGCUGGUCGCAGAAUAAUUUCAAUAACAGUCUUUUUCUGGUCUUAAAGCAGUGCGCGGCGUUGCUCUUGUUGUGUCUUCGAACCGUUUUCCACGCGCAAGUAAACGUGCGGCAUACGAAGCAAUUCUAGUCACGCGUAUCGCGGCGCUUCGUUGUAAACAUCGCCACCUCCCCCUUGACACGCCACACACAGGAACCGAACACAACACAACACAAAGCAAAGGCAAGACUCGCGGCCCAACAAUGGAAGAACUGAACAGCAUACUGCAGAAAACCAAAGAUAAAUCAACGCAGAAAGAGCAGGAUGAGAUUCUGCUGCAGCCCUUCACAUACAUACAACAGAUUCCUGGCAAACAAUUUCGCUCGGAGCUGGCCUUGGCCUUCAAUCACUGGUUGCUCAUACCGGCCGAAAAACUGGCGCAGAUUGGCGACAUUGUACAAAUGCUACAUAAUUCCAGUUUGCUCAUUGAUGAUAUUGAAGACAAUUCGAUACUUCGCAGAGGUGUGCCGGUGGCCCAUUCAAUCUAUGGCGUGGCCAGCACCAUAAAUGCUGCCAACUAUGCUCUGUUUCUGGCCCUGGAGAAGGUGCAGCUGCUGGGACAUCCAGAGGCAACCAAAGUUUAUACGGAACAACUGUUGGAGCUGCAUCGAGGCCAGGGCAUGGAGAUAUACUGGCGUGAUAGUUUCACAUGUCCCUCCGAAUCGGAUUACAAACUGAUGACUGUGCGCAAGACUGGCGGCCUGUUCAUGCUGGCCAUUCGCCUCAUGCAGCUGUUCAGUGCCAACAAGGAGGAUUACUCCAAGCUGACAGCUAUUUUGGGACUUUACUUUCAAAUACGCGAUGAUUACUGCAACUUGAGUUUGAAAGAGUACACGGAGAACAAGAGCUUUGCCGAGGAUUUGACGGAGGGCAAGUUUGGUUUUCCAGUGAUCCAUGCGGUGCGUUCGCAAAAGCAGGACAAACAGGUUCUACACAUAUUGCGCCAGCGCACGCACGACAUUGAGGUCAAGAAGUACUGCAUCAGUUUGCUGGAAAAACUGGGCAGUUUUCAGUACACACGCAAGGUUCUCGAGACGCUGGAUGCGGAGGCGCGAGCAGAGGUGAUGCGUUUGGGCAGCAAUCCCUACAUGGACCGGCUGCUCAAUAAGCUGCUCUCGUGGAAGGCCAGCGACAGUGCCAGCAUCACGCAGUCGAAUCAGAUCAAUCACAACAACGUGACCGCCCGCAACAGCCCCAACCAAAACACACUGAACUGCAAUUAACAGCCAAAGAGGCAAAAGAGGGAGCAAUUGUGAAUUGCGAAUGGCGAAGCCUCUUUUGCUGCUAACCCAAGAACCGAGACGAGGGCCAGGGCGAGAGCCAGCGCCUGCCUGAGUGCGCCCCUAAUGCGUUUUCUGCAAAAACUGAAAAUAUUCUGAGAUUUAUGUUCCACUUUUGCCUCCCCGAAAGCUCACAAGUAGCCAAACUCUAACUAAAACUAAAAGAAAGAAUGAAAGUGAAAGGGAAGGGAAAAGGAAAACCAAGAGCAGCCUUACAAAAAAAGUAAAAAUUGUUAAGCCAAAAGUUAAAUGAUAUAAGCCAAGCUUAUGAAUGAGCCAGCAAAUGAGCCAUAGAACAGCUUUCCAUGAAUUUGUUUAUGUUUACGUUUACGUAUAAUUUAGUUCCUUUUUUUUUUGAUACGCUUAUGUUCUCAAUUUAAAUAUUAGUUAUUCGGGCACUGACUAGGGCCUUGAUUAGUUUCCUUUCUUUUUGGCAGGGCAAAUCUCAAAAAGCAUUACUUAAUUAUAGGAUAUGCAAUAUUUAAGCUGUUGUAUUUCUAAGUGUACUCUUUUGUAUUCGUGUUUCCGAAACGGAGAGCACUUUUUUCGAUUUCUAAAUGUAAUUUUUCGUAUCUACUCACUCGGAUAACUCCUCAAUGUGCACGCACUUCCUUUAUCGACGUUGUUCCAUUUUAAUUGUUAUACAAUCGUAUACACAUAUGUAUGUCUUAUUAACAAACAAACAAAUUGUUAACGUUUUAUGCAAAACAAACAGCAACAAAGAAACCUAAAAACAAAA